CUUCACUUCUUCCCCCCGCUUUCUUUUAUUCUUUGUCUCUUUUCUCUUUUCUCUCUUCUCUUUUCUCUCUUCCCUCUCGUUUCAAAUUAAAAACGCACGCACCACCAUCUUCUCCACACAAACACAACCCUCUUACAACGUCAUCUUUCCCAUAUUUUCACCCCUAUUCACACAGCCACUUCAGCUACAUUUCACACCGAGGAUAAAACAUUACACCCCUGCACAGUGCAAACAAAAAAAAAAAUCUCAUCCAACAUACAGCCAUGUCUGACUCCUCUAAUCUUAGCUCCUGCAAGGUCAACUUCAACGGUGCAUUUCGCCGAUUCCUCAUUUCCCGUCCUGCCAAAUGGUCCAACUUUGAAGACAAGCUUCGCGAUAUCUACAGUCUUCCUGCAGAGACACUGCUAAAUGUUCAGUACACAGACGAGGAAGGAGAUAUUAUUUUGCUCAACACCGACAGCGAGCUUGAGGACGUGCUUGCGAUGCAUAACCUCUUCAGCCAAGUGGCUCCUGUUAGAUUUGAUAUCUCUCUUCGCCCCAGCACCUUUGCUUCGACUACCCGUGCUAGCUCGGUCGCUAGUGAGGUAGAGCCCGAACGCUCCGUCACCAUCGUUUCUGAACGUGAGGACACUCCUUUUCAGCAGCAACGUCAAUUCAACCACCCCCAGGAAAACAACGCUCUCGCUGCUUCUGAUAACGCUAGUGAUGAUGGUUCUCUGAUUAACUUUGAGGACGCUCUCGAAGACGACGCUACUACUGCUGCCGUUAGCGUCCACCACGCUGCAGUCACCGUCGUCAAUCACGAUACUAACUACCUUAACGAGGACUUGGAGGCGACAGCUCUUCGUCAGGAGCAAGAGAUGGCUGAGGCACUUAAACUGGAUGUCCCUGUCUUUUCUAGCUCGAUCAUCAGCAGCAUCAACACCAACAUCACUCCUGCUACUUUGAGCCAUGACCAUGUUAGUGAGAAUGACAUGGGUGCUGAGGUCACUGUCUCCAAGCAUUCUUCUAAGCCCUCUAGUCCAGUCAUCCCCGUGGUCGAAUUUGAAGCUCUUCAUAUGGAGAAUGGCCCGGAAGUAAUGGACUCAAUCAUUGCCUCUGCUAUAGAACAACACGCCCAGGAUAUGGCUAAUUCAACCCAGAGCAAUAGCGAAGCCCAUGAGGCAACACAGAUUGACCCAGCUGAGCCAGAGGUAUUGGCUACUGAAGAAGAGCCUAGACCCGCCAACACAUCAUCUCCUUCGACUUCGGCUCCAUUAAAUGACCGUGCUUUGAUUGAGCAAUUCCAAAUGUUGAUUCAAGAGUUCCAGCAUGUCAUCCAGAACAAUCCCCAGUUAGUGGCACUUGCUGGGAACAUUAUGAACAAGAUUUUGACUAACGUUAAGGUCAAUGUUGAAUCAUUUGCCAACUGUCUUCAAGAUUUCGCCAACCAAGCUUCUGCCAACGCUCAUGAGGCUGCUGAGCAAGCGACUCGCAGCUGCCCCUUCACCUCUGGCGGAAGUGGAAGUGAUAAUCCUUUCCGAACGCACCCUUUCUUCACCGGUCGCCAUAGGGGUCGUCGCUGUGGCAUAGGAAUGGGUUCCAGACCCCACUGUGAUCGCAAUAGUGACAAUAACAAUGAAAAUACAUCUUCUGCUGCUGCGAACAAGGAGACUGAAGCUAAAGCUGAGACUUCUUCUUCCGCGAAUCCCUUUGAAGACCCAAUCACAGGAACACCUAAUUCAGAUCACUAUCACCAUCACUACCCUCACCAUGGCGAGCACUUUGGCCGAGGCGGUGGCCGCGGUAGUCGUGGCGGUUGCAGAGGCCGUCGUGGAUUCUUUUUCCGCGGCGGAGACUGGGGUUUCGGGAACACAGCUCUAAGCAUGCCUCCAGCGCCUCCAAUGCCCCCAAUGCCCCCAAUGCCCCCAAUGCCCCCUAUGCCUCCAAUGCAUUCAAUGCCUGGUAUGUUUUCAGUACCCUCAAUGCCAUCCAUGCCAUCCAUGCCAACCGCAGGCGCUUCUGAUGAACCACAUAAUGCAAGCACCACCGUCCCGAACUCGAGGCCUUCUCCCUUUUCCAAUGGGUUUCCAUUCAACAAUGGCAAUCCUGGUUGCAAAAAUUACAUUUUCAAGUUCAAGGGCGGACGACCCAAUCCAAGUGAUACAGAGGCACAAAACAGCAACGCCUCGUGCUCUACUGCACCUAGAUCUGAAAAGAUGAAGCAAACUGAGGCCCCAGCCACUGCUGAGCAGCAACAGCCAAGCGGGGCCUCUUCCUCCGCUUCCGCGUCUGCCAUGCCAGGCUCUUUCCCACAAAUGACUGAGGUCGGUAGUGGCUGGACUUGGACAAGACUUUCGGAGGGUGACCAUAACAAUGGAGAGUCAUCUUCGUCUAGUAGACCCAAGUAUGGAUGGGUCUGGAAGGGAGGCGACUCGGGUGAGAAUCAAGAACCCACACCAAUGUAUGUUGCCUCAGAUGAAGAAAUGACUGAGACAUGGGAUGCAGACGCCGAUGCCAACCAAGCAGAUGGACCCUCUGAAGAGCGCGGAGGUUGGCCAUUUGGAGGACGAGGAGGACAAGGAGGACGAGGACGAGGAUUUUUUGGUUUUGGACCUUUCCGAAGCCAUGACCGUGAAGGAGCGCUACCUCACAUUCAUCUAGGGCCCCAAGGUGCUGGUGACGAUGAGCACCCUGUAUCCCAUCGCCAUCAUCCCCAUCACCAUCAUUCUCAUCGUCGCCGACAUUCUGGAAGUAGAUCUGGAGGAGAGGAGGGCGCAGAAUCGAACGGAGAGGAGAGAUUGAAGCGUCGUCAGACGUUCCAUGAGCAACGCCAUGCAAUGAUGCAAGCACGCAGAGAUCACCUUCAAGAGCAGCGUCAAGCGAUUUCUCAACAGCGUGAGGCAUUAGAGCAACACCGGGAAGCAAUGAUGAGGCACCGUCGUGCACAAGAGGAGCUCCGAAGUGCACAAGAAGAGUUGAAAAAAACUCAGGAACAGGAUAGCAGAGCUGCCAGACUGGGAGGAAUUCUGGAUCGUUCUCGAAACGGCGGAGGCUCCUCAUCAGUGGACGCGCAACAGCAACAACCAAUGGGUGGAGGAAAUCUAGCUAGUAUUUGGCCUAUAGGGGCGCAAACUACUACAGCCACAACGGUUGGAGAAUCUCCCGCUAUGUCAGAGGGGUUGAAUAAUGAUGUUACGAUGGCGGACCCCCAGAAUAAUUUUCAAGAGCAGAUCCAGACUUUAGUUAGCAUGGGUUUUGCAGAUAAUCAGGAGUUACGAACUGUGGUGCGUAACUUUGGAGGCGAGAUCGAAGUCGUAGUUGACUAUUUGAUCACACACAAUAGCCAAUAAGGAACCUUUCAUGUUAAUGAUUUAUGAACAAUGAGCAGUAUACGGUAGCUUUUUUUUUGAAAUACUUCUUCAGACAAUCAUCAUUUCAUCAUUAGCGUUAAAUAGCAACAUUCCAAUAAAUAAAAAGGAAAUUUGAAAAUGC